AUGGGGUCAAUCUCCUUAUCAGAAGACGCCAGCGCGAGCGCCACUGCCAACAUCCCCAUCAUCGACCUCUCACCAUUCACAUCUCCCUCGCCCUCAUCAGACACAUCGGCCUCUUCUUCAGCCCGACUGAAAGCAUCCCAAGACCUCGUCCGCGCCCUACGAGACGUGGGCUUCGCAUACAUCAAGAACCACGGCGUCCCCCAGGACGAGCUGGACGCGGCGUUCGCCCUGUCGAAACGCUUCUUCGACCUGCCCCUGGAGCAGAAGAUGAAGGCGCCGCAUCCGCCGGGUUGGAGCGUGCACCGGGGUUACUCGUGGCCUGGGCUGGAGAAGGUGUCGAGCGCUAUGGCCACGGGGGACGGCGGCGGGGAUGAGGAUGAGGUUAGGAGGUUGAGGGAGGUGAAGGACUUUAAGGAAAGCUACGAAGUCGGCUCCGAAACCAACCCGGACCAACCCAACGUAUGGCCGCCCGCGGACGUCCUUCCCGAAUGGCGCCCGUUCAUGAGCGAGUUCUACUGGACGUGCUUCGGGGCGGCGAAACACAUGCUGCGCGCGCUGGCUCUGGGAAUCGGGUUCCCCGCCGACGAUGAGGACCACCUGCUCCGGUUCCACGACGGGCACCACAACCAGCUGCGCCUGCUGCACUACCCUCCCGUGGACGCCGCGGCGGUGCAGGAGGGAGCGGUGGCGCGCAUGCCCGCGCACACGGACUGGAGCAGUAUGACGAUGCUGUUCCAGGACGACUGCGGCGGGUUGCAGGUCGAGCACCCGGCGGGGAGCGGAGAGUUCGUGGACGUCCCGCCCCUGCCGGGCACGUGUGUUGUCAAUGUCGGCGAUCUGCUCAUGCGCUGGUCAAACGACUUCCUCACCUCGACGGCUCAUCGCGUCCAGCUUCCCCCGCUCCAGCGCUGGGAGGAUGACGGUGCAAACAACGGGCUGAUGAUGACCCGCCCGCGCUACUCGAUCCCGUACUUCCUCACCACCGACCCGGAUACUGUCAUCGAGUGUCUGCGCGUCGACGACGAUCAUCCUCCCAAGUACGACCCCAUCACGCAGCGCGAGUACGCGGCCAUGAGGGCAAGGAUGCAAUAUUGA